CGCCCAUCACUAGUUUGCAGUCGGUCGCCCGCGCGCUCUCUCCCUCUUCCCCGACCUGCCAUGGAUGUUACGCCGGCUAAAUAUGCGUUCAUCAUUAUUUUGCUUCACUUUCAGCACACAAAGGCUCUCUAUAUCACCGACAGCAUAGAUUCACUGCAGCAUGUCCUGAAGGAGUACACCCUGGUGAAGCCGGUGAGCGUGGACACGGAUGGACGCUUCCUCUCCCACUCUGUCUCGGCUGACCGCCUGAGUGGGCUGCAGCACCGGCGCAGGAGGCGAGACGCUCGUGAGCACGGAGGGCCUGAGCACCAAGAGACAAUCUUUUACAAUGUCACUGUUUUUGGACAAGAGUUUCACAUGCUCUUGAGGCACAACUCACGCUUGGUGGCCCCGGGAGCGACUCUGGAGUGGCACGAGGAGGAUAACCAAACCUGGACAGAACCACUACUGCCAAGCAAAUGCUUGUACGUGGGCCACAUUACUAAUGUACCAGAUACUUCAGUGGCUAUUAGCAACUGUGACGGCCUGGCGGGAAUGAUCCGCGCAGGUCAGGAGGAGUUCUUCAUCGAGCCACUGGAGAGAGGAAGCGACAUGACAGGAGAAGAGGAGGGUGGAUCCGGGCGACAUCACAUCCUCUACCGCUCGUCUGACAUCAAGAAACCAGCCAUCAGUCACACCGACUACUUUCACCCCAGAGGUCAGGACUCGGAGCUCAAAGCACAUGGUUCAGUACUGGGUGGUCUGGCUGGAGUGGAAGCCAUAUCCAGAGGGCUAAAGCCAAAAGUGAACAGCAGCAGGCGCGCACGCAGACAGUCGUACCAAGACGAGAUCUUCAACAUCGAGGUGCUUCUGGGAGUCGAUUGCUCCGUAGUGCAGUUUCACAGCCGAGAGCACAUCCAGAAAUAUCUGCUCACCCUUAUGAACAUUGUGAAUGAGAUCUAUCAAGACUCCUCUCUCGGUGCUCAUAUCAACGUCGUGCUGGUGCGAAUCGUGAUGCUCUGCUCACCCAAGUCCAUGGGACUGAUCGAGCUAGGGAACCCGUCUCAGAGUCUGGAGAACGUGUGCCGUUGGGCUUUUCUGCAACAGAAAGAGGACGAGAACGACGCAGAGUAUCACGAUCACGCCAUCUUCCUUACCAGACAAGAGUUUGGACCGACGGGCAUGCAGGGUUAUGCUCCAGUAACAGGCAUGUGUCACCCAGUGAGGAGCUGCACUCUGAAUCACGAGGACGGUUUCUCGUCUGCUUUUGUGGUGGCUCAUGAGACAGGACACGUAUUAGGGAUGGAACAUGACGGACAGGGUAACGAGUGCGGAGACGAGGUGCCGAUGGGAAGCAUCAUGGCUCCACUGGUACAGGCUGCUUUCCAUCGCUUCCACUGGUCCCGCUGCAGCCAGCAAGAGCUCAGAAAAUACCUGAACACCUACGAAUGUCUGCGUGAUGACCCGUUCGAUCACGAGUGGCCGUCUCUGCCUCAGCUUCCCGGUCUGCAUUACUCUAUGAACGAGCAAUGUCGCUUUGACUUUGGCACGGGUUACAUGAUGUGUACAGCGUACAGCACCUACGACCCGUGCAAGCAGCUGUGGUGCAGCCACCCCGAGAACCCGUUCUUCUGCAAGACCAAGAAAGGUCCUCCCAUUGAUGGCACUAAGUGUGCUACAGGAAAGAACUGCUUUAAGGGUCACUGUAUCAAGCUGACAUCAGACAUCCUCAGACAGGAUGGACACUGGGGGCAGUGGACCAAGUUUGGCUCCUGCUCGCGUACCUGCGGAGGAGGCGUCCGUUUCCGUACGCGCCAGUGCGACAACCCUAUCCCGGCGAAUGGUGGACGCACAUGCUAUGGAAACAACUAUGAGUUCCAGCUGUGUAACAACGAGGAAUGUGCCAAGGAUCUUGCCGAUUUCCGAGAGGAGCAGUGCAAGAUGUGGGAUCCGCACUUAGAGCACCAGGGGACCAAACACCAGUGGCUGCCAUAUGAGCAUCCUGACCCUGAGGAACGAUGCAACCUUUAUUGCCAAUCUAAAGACACGGGAGAUAUGGUUAGCAUGAAGAGGAUGGUACACGAUGGUACGCGCUGCUCCUAUAAGGAUCCCUACAGCGUGUGUGUGAGAGGAGAGUGCGAGAAAGUGGGAUGUGACAACGUGAUAGCUUCUGAGCUGGAGGAAGAUACGUGUGGCGUGUGUGGAGGAAAUAACUCCACCUGCAAGAUCGUCAAAGGCAAUUUCACCCGGAGCACCAGGAAGCCAGGUUUCCUGAAGAUCCUGGAAAUUCCCAGAGGAGCGAGGCACGUCCUGAUCCAGGAGUUUAAAGGAUCUCCUCAUAUUCUGGCGGUGAAAAACCAAGCAACGGAUGAGUUGUUCCUGAACGACGAGGGCGAGUUUCCUGAGACCAGAUCGGUGAUUGAGAAAGGUGUGCUUUGGGAGUACACCAACGAUGAUGACAUGGAAACAGUCCAGAGCUCAGGCCCGCUGAGAUACGGAGUCCUCAUCAUGGUCCAGUCCCAUGGUACGUCUAAAGUCACUCUUUCCUACAAGUACAUUCUACCAGAGGAUCCAUCAUCCUCUAUGGAGAACAGCUUACCUCAGGACGACACGGUGUACUUUGAGUGGGCUCUGAAGAAAUGGUCCCACUGCUCCAAGCCAUGUGGUGGAGGUAAGCAGUAUACCCGAUUCGGCUGCCGCAGGAAGUCAGAUGGCAAAAUGGUGCACCGCACGUUCUGUGCCAACAUCCCCAAACUACGUGCCAUCAGUCGGUCCUGUAACGUGAAACAGUGCUCCGAACCCAUUUGGGUGACUGGAGACUGGGAAGAGUGCAGUAAGCCAUGUGGUAAGACAGGGACUCAGACUCGGCCUGUGCGCUGCGUGAGGCCUCAGGAGGACGGCACGCACAAAACCGUCAACUCUAAAUACUGCGGCGACUUUCGUCCCGAGAGCCGGCGAUCCUGCAAUCGCCAACUCUGUCCCUCUCAGUGGAGAACCGGACCAUGGUCCCUGUGCUCCGUCACAUGCGGUAACGGAUCCCAGGAGCGGCAGGUGACCUGUAGCGCUGUAGAUAACGCUGUCGGAAUCUGUCAUGACGCCAAGCCGGAAAAUAUCCGGAGAUGUCAACUGGUGCCGUGUCCGAACGAUAAGGGUAACUUUCUGAUCCAGUGGCUUUCCCGGGCAGACCCCAAGUUCCCCGCGCCCAAGAUCUCCUCAAGAGUUCGCUGUAAAGGAGACAAGUCAGUCUUCUGUCGUAUGGAGGUGCUGAGUAAGUACUGCUCCAACCCAGGCUACAUGCAGAUGUGCUGCAAAUCCUGCAGCGAAAGCAACUUCACCUCAAAUCUCAACCUGACCUUCACCACCACCACCACCACCACCAUGUCUCCACACUCUCACCUUCUCCACACCACACAGCCUGUCCCCCACAAACCUAGCAGCACCUCAACACCAUGGAGAUACACCACAACCCCGAACCCGUUCAUCUUCCUCCAUGGAACCUCGUUUCCCAACACCACCAGCUCUAUCCUGGAGGAAACGGAUGGUCCGAGCGCCUCAUCCGAAGAGGAGGACAUAGAGGAACCGUGGAGAAUCGACAUCAUCGAGGACGCAUCGGAGUCCACGUCCGGGUUCGAGGAACUUUUCCCAGCCACCACUCAGUACGUAGGAUCAGGAAAACCGACACAACCUGGGAUUUCUAGCACGAGUCUUCCGACUGUAGUAAGUCUUCACAAACCAGAAGUCAGAAAGGAGAACAACUCCAUCGACGUGCCGUACAGACUCGUUAACGGUAACGAGGUCACCCAGAACUACGUUAUACCUAAACAGCGCGUACCUUUCCGAGAGAGAACACAGAAUAAAAGAAUUCAACAGCUCCUUGAGGAAAAAAGGAGGCAAGACUUUCUUAAAAGACUCAAAAGGAAACUCGAGGACUGAUUCGGCCGUGUGCUUUUUUUUUUUUUUCUUUCAGUGUCAUGGAAACACUUCGGGUCUCUGAGAUGUAUUAUAACGUCAGUGGAAUGCUGUUAAGUGCCAAGAUAUUUAUCUGUUUGCAUUUGUUUCUGUUUCUGAACGCUUUGCACUUUUUUCCCCUCCCAGUAACGAACACGAUCCUGUAACAAACACAGAGUGAUUCGUUUAAACUGGGGGAGAAAAAAAGGCUUGAUCAUUUUGCUAAGUAGAAUUAAAUAUUAGUAAAACUAAUAGCAAGUAAAAGUAAGACUAAACAUUUUGUGAAAUAUGAACUCAGCAGCCGUUAUCCGACCAGCCAAUCGUAUGGAGCGGCUUGGUGAGUAAAAAAAAACAAAACGAUGCGUCGAGAGCUUCAAUUUAUGGUCACAACAAACAUCAGAACAGGGCAAAAAGUCAUAUCCGGUAUUCAUAACAUUCCAUAACAGUCUGUAGACUUUAAAAUGAAACUUUUUACAUUUGCAGCAUUUAGCAGACGCUCUAAUCCAGAGUGACUUACUUUUUUUUUUAAUUAUUAUUAUUUCAGUUUAUACACCUGAGCAAUUGAGGGUUAAGGGCCUUGCUCAGGGGCCCCGCGGUGACAACUUGGUGGACGUGGGAUUCGAAACAAUGACCUUCCGAUCGGUGCUCGAACACCUUAACCACUGAGCUACCACAUCCCGUCAAUACAAACAAGCCACAACAUCAAAAACAUUAAGCUCAUGACCUUAAACUCUUUGAGUUUCACCAAAUAACCGGCUGACUGGAUUAUCACAUAAACACGCGGGUGAACAGCUGUUCCUAUUAAAGUGGCCAGUAAAAUCACAUAGAUCAGACGUUUCUGAUCGACAUCACAUUUCCUCUUUUCCUUUCUAGGAUAAAAUUAAUUCCAUCAAGAAAAUUCAGGACACUUUACAUAUCUGGAAAAAGCUUUUAAAAUCUAACACUUGCUACAUGACUGUGUGUGAGAGUGAGAGAGAGAGAGAGAGAGAGAGAGAGAGAGAGAGAGAGAGAGAAACAAGGGUCGGACAAAUUUAAAUUUGUUAACGCAAAAAAAAAAUCUCAUUAAUUAUAGGUUUAACCUUCACAAUAAUUUCUAUAGGUUUUUUUUUUCAAUAUUUUCUACAUUUAAAGGAGGAUUAAUUUUUUUUUAUUAUUAUUAUUCCUUUAGCAGUUAAAAACAUUUCUGAUUCUGUUAAUAAGAAUUCAAAGCUUGUAUUCUUUCUCAUGUUUUCACAGUCCGUUUUCGUGUACAGAAAGAUUUCACACUGUUAAGGAAUAAUGCAUGCAUCAUCAAGCGCUCAUGCUUUCUCUCUGUCCUUACAAUGCGAGCAUGACAGACCAAAACCUUCUGUUUUAAUUAUAACCACGUUUUGGAUUUCGUGAGCAUCAUUUUGUCAUUUUGUAGAAACAUACAAACCGUUUUGGAUCACGUUCGUGUACUCACACGCUCUCGUGACACCUUUAUCUUUCCGGAUGCAAAUAUAAACCCCUUCAUCAGAGUUUUAUAUAUUUUUCACCUUUUUUUUUUUAUUUAUUGAAGUGAUUUGACUAAUUGUGAGUGUUAUAAGUUUCUCGGCCCGCAGGUCUAAUCCGGUACGUCUGAUCCUCAGGCCGUUCUCUUCGAGACUCGAGAGUGCACAUGCAUUCUGUCAUGCCUUAUUUCAAUAAAAUUGCAAGCCAA